CACUACACUAGUCCGUAGCCUCCGCGGGUUUGCUAGGAAGAGCCGACACAGUCAAGUGACCUUCGCGCCGCACGAGGACUUGUCUUCGUACAUUAGUUACCUUAUUAGUUAACACCAGCAGGCCUCUUAUUAGUUCUCUAUAACUUUUAGUUCAACUAGGAGACCUCCACUCAGCGAUGCCGUCCAGGUCGCCGUCCCCCCGCAGGCAGCGGAGCCCCGCUCCGCGGAGCCGCAGCCGCAGCCCCGGGCGUCCCGGCAGCCCCGUCCGCAGUCCCGCCAGGAAGCGGAGCCUUAGUCGCAGCCCCGUGCGCGGACGCAGCCGGAGUCCGAUUCGCCGGCGGAGCAGAAGCCCCGUGAGGAGUCCCGCUAGAAGCAGAAGUCGGAGCCCUAGGCGUCGCAGCCGGAGCCCUAUAAAGGGGCGGAGCCGGAGUCCGCCGUUCCGGCGCGGAAGCCCCCGGAUGCGGAGCCCUCCGCCGAGAAGCCCUGGCCCGGAUGAUGAGUCUAGGAACCCCGGCAACAACCUCUACGUGACGGGUCUGUCGAUGCGAACUACCGAAGUGGAGCUCGAGAAACACUUCUCCAAGGAAGGAAAGGUUGCUGAAUGCAGGCUUGUCUUGGAUCCGCGCACGAAAGACUCCCGCGGCUUCGCUUUCGUGACGAUGGACAACGUGGACGACGCGCGCCGCUGCCUCAAGUACCUCGACCGCUCCAUCCUCGACGGCCGCGUCAUCACCGUCGCGCUCGUACGUCGCAUCUGAUUUCCAAGAUCCCGCUCCCUCCCGUUCUUCCCAUCUUCUCGGGUUUCCUAGACCCGGUUUUUGCCAGCAUAGAGGGUUGUCUGUCUGACAGCGCUCAAUCCCUUCAGCUUUGCUUAAGGCUGACGUUUCUCGUCCUCCUCUCUCUCCACCAUCUCCUCUCUCUCCCGUCUACCCAGCGUUGGUUAGACCAGUGCCGCUCCGCCGAGCAUCCUUCCCCAUUAUUCGUCUCCCGCACCCAAUGUGCCCUAGCGGCCUCGACCUUAGCGGCCUCGACAUAGCGCCACCCAAGCUCCAAACAUUUGCAAUUUUUAAUCUACGACAACCAACCCCAGCAAUUCUGCACCAACGAACGUGCUUCGCUUGCGCCUCAGCAUUUCCGCUCCAAGGAGCGAUCAAUACUGCUGCAACCGUUCCGGCAUCAAAUUUCAACUUCGAUCAAUUGCUGCCCCGAUCUCUCGCCGAUCGAGUCUGCUCAGCUUCGAGCGACCGAGUGGCUGGGAAUGAGAUCCUGCUUCAACCCCAACCAACCCCAAUGCCUAUGCUCCGCCUCCCCAACAGCUCCUUCGACCCGAUCCAAGCGCGUUACCGGUGGUGUUGUCUGCGAAAUUUCCCCACUUCCCUAUGGCAUUGCAUGCACUAAAUGAGUCAAAAUGUCUCGUCCAGUUACAGCGUCUCCUCAUCAUCCUCCAUGCACUUCUACACUUUGUCCUCCGAUGUCACUUAUUGUAUGCACCCGCUAUCUACCACAAGAAUUCUGGAGUUUUUGGCGUCUAACUUUCCCCAGCAUUCCCUGAUUUUCCGCAGGCUAAGCGAAAGCGUGCUCGGACCCCAACUCCUGGCAAGUUCCUUGGGACUCGCAGCCUAAAAGAGUCUGUUCCUGGUGUUGGUGGUGACCGUUCUUUUGGUGGUGAGAGGGAGUUCAAUCCUCGUCGAUCGUCACCGGACUACCAGCCAUACCGUCGGGACAGGUCGCCAGACUACGGCCCUUAUCGUGGGGCAGGAUACAGGUAAAACAUAUGGUAACUGCUUUGUAAUACAGGGUACCGAUCAAGGCCUAUGAUUCGUGCCCCCUGCAGUCUAAUUUGGCAAGAGCUGCAAUGUUGUACAGCUCUGUAGGCUGUGAGAUUUGUCAUUUCUGCGUUUGCUAGGUUGCUAGCUUAACCUGUAGUUUGCGUGUGUUGUUCGUUUCUAGAAAACUAAUAUUUCUUGUGACAAGAUACUGUCUGAAGCGCAAAUGGUGUG